AUUUUCUAUUAUUAAUAGGCACCCAAAACUUAUCAAAAUUACAUCUUUAUCCCAAAACGGCAUUGCUGUUGCAUAUCCAGGAAACAACGCGAGCCUUUAAAAAAGAAAGGAAUAAAUAAAAAAUCUCCAUUUGCUGGAAGGACUCUUUGACUGAUUAAUCUCUCCUUCUCAAGUCUCCUCCGAUCGGACCUUUCGAUCCAAUCUUCGUUAAAGGUUUCUCGAUUAGGUAAGCUUUUCUUAGUUCGUCGAAUUUCGAAUUGGGGUUGUUUUGCUAGGGUUUGACUCAGAUUAGGGUUUUGACCCAUCUAUAUCAUAGAGUUUACGGUACGAGAUCAGAAGAAUUGUUGCUCAAAGAGAACGAAUUUUGGGCGGUUUUGAAAAGCCAUGGGCGCUUGGUUGUUGACAUAAAUUUGGAAUUUUGGAUUUAACUUUUUGGUCAAUUGAGUUGGGAUCACGGAGUGAAUAUUGAUUAAAACCUGCCCAAAAGUGUUUUUGGGCUUCAAAGGAUUAAGACUAGAUUAAUCAAGAUUUUAUUGAUGGGAACAUCAUCUGGUUCUAAUAUUAACCAGCAGCAUUUGUCGAAGAUGUUGCCUCCGCGUCAACAACCAUGGUCGGGGAGCUUACAAACAUCGUUGUCAUUAGUCUCCUCAGAUCCUCAUUUGUCACCUGAUGCCCAAGAACCCAGAACAAACUCAGAUAAUGUUCAUGAGUCUCCUACUGAGAGUGCUAGCUCACGAGAGACUUGGCCUAUUGCUGAUGCAGUUGCAGCAAAGAAAAUGGAAAAUGGGAAAACUGAAAAUGAUUGCCCUGAGCAGUCUGUCAUUCGUUGUAUUUCUAGUGCUGAUAAGAUAACUCUUCGAGACAUUGCAAGAGAAAGAGUCGAUGUUAUCUCUGAAAAGAUGCAUCACCUACCUGAUGAGUUUCUAGAUGAGCUAAAGAAUCAACUCAAAGUAAUCCUAGAAGGCAAUGGUGGUUCACAAAACAGGGAGGAGUUUUUAAUUCUGCAGAAGUUUGUUCAAAGUAGAUCUGAUUUAACUGCAAAGACAUUGAUUAGAGCACACCGGGUACAGCUUGAAAUCCUUGUUGCAAUAAAUAUGGGAAUUCAGGCAUUCUUGCAUCCAAACAUCAGUCUAUCCCAAACUUCUCUCAUUGAGGUUUUUGUGUACAAGAGAUGCAGAAAUAUAGCAUGCCAAAACCAGCUACCUGCAGAUGACUGCACCUGUGAAAUAUGUUCCAAUAGGAAUGGUUUUUGCAAUCUUUGUAUGUGUGUUAUUUGCAACAAGUUCGAUUUUGAAGUAAAUACCUGCCGCUGGAUAGGUUGUGAUUUGUGCUCCCAUUGGACUCAUACUGAUUGUGCUAUUCGUGAUGGGCAAAUUUGUAUGGGUCCUUCUGUUAUAAGUGGAGCAGGUCCUACUGAAAUGCUUUUCAGGUGCCGAGCUUGCAAGCGAACAUCUGAACUGUUAGAUUGGGUUAAAGAUGUCUUCCAGCAUUGUGCUCUGGCAUGGGAUAGGGAAGCUCUUAUGAGAGAACUUGAUUUUGUUAGCAGGAUUUUUUGUGGAAGUGAUGACCUUAGAGGGAAGAAACUCUUACAGAAGUGUGAGGAUCUUUUAGAAACAAUGAGGGGUGGACUAGCAGAGUCCGCAGCUUGCAGAUCGAUAUUAAUUUUUUUCCAAGAGCUUGAUAUGGAUUCUCCAACAAGCAUGGAAAAUGGGGAAAGUGGGCGGUUGAUAGCACCACAAGAGGCAUGCAAUCGAAUUGCAGAUGUAGUGCAGGAGGCCGUAAGGAAGAUGGAAAUGGUGGCUAAUGAGAAGAUGAGAAUGUUCAAGAAAGCUCGCUUGUCACUUGAAGCCUGUGAGCAGGAGCUUAAGGACAAGGCCAAGGAAGUAGCAGAACUAAAGCUGGAGAGACAAAAAAAGAAGCAGCAGAUAGAAGAGCUGGAAAGCAUUGUAAGGCUUAAACAGGCAGAGGCUGAUAUGUUCCAGCUUAAGGCGCAUGAGGCAAAACGAGAGGCUGAGAAGCUUCAAAGAAUUGCUCUUGCGAAGUCAGAUAAAUCAGAGGAAGAGUAUGCUAGCAGUUACCUGAAACUUCGUCUAAGUGAGGCAGAGGCUGAAAAGCAGUAUUUGUUUGAAAAGAUAAAGCUGCAGGAGAGCUCACGUGCAUCACAGAGCAAUAGUGGAGGCGAUCCUUCACAGGUUUUGAUGUAUUCCAAAAUCCAUGAUCUGCUCCGUGGAUACAACAUCCCUUCUAAGACAGAAUCCCAUCCAAAUGAGCGCCACAGUUUUAGAUCGAAUCCCUAAGGAAUUCUGAGUAUGUUAUUUAUUGAAGUAAGCUGUCUAAGGAAUUAUGUUGCUUUGUUGUUAAACUGGUGUGUAAGGAUUUGCAACUUUAAUUUUAUCCAUGAACCUUCAAUCAAUGUCAAUUAAUUUGCUACCCUGUAAAAGUAAUUAGGAGGUAUAAAUCUGGGUUUCUUUUUUUUUUUAAGCUUUUGUAGCGUAUCAAGAUGAGACUAGUAUCAUAAUAUUUUGUCCUUACGGAUGAACUUACUCUUC